UAGCCCAAUGAUGGAUUUUGAUGAGCGUGGUCCCUGCUCCUCUAACAUGUAUUUGCCAAGUUGUACUUACUACGUCUCGGGUCCAGAUUUCUCCAGCCUCCCUUCUUUUCUGCCCCAGACCCCGUCUUCGCGCCCAAUGACAUACUCCUACUCUUCCAACCUGCCCCAGGUCCAACCCGUACGCGAAGUGACCUUCAGAGAGUACGCCAUUGAGCCCGCCACUAAAUGGCACCCCCGCGGCAAUCUGGCUCACUGCUACUCCGCGGAGGAGCUCGUGCACAGAGACUGCCUGCAGGCGCCCAGCGCGGCCGGCGUGCCUGGCGACGUGCUGGCCAAGAGCUCGGCCAACGUCUACCACCACCCCACCCCCGCCGUCUCGUCCAAUUUCUAUAGCACCGUGGGCAGGAACGGCGUUCUGCCACAGGCUUUCGACCAGUUUUUCGAGACGGCCUACGGCACCCCGGAAAACCUCGCCUCCUCCGACUACCCCGGGGACAAGAGCGCCGAGAAAGGGCCCCCGGCGGCCGCAGCGACCUCCGCGGCUGCGGCGGCGGCGGCGGCGGCGGCGGCGGCAGCGGCAGCGGCCACGGGCACGGGCACGCCGGCAACUUCAAGUUCGGACGGCGGCGGCGGCGGCGGCUGCCGGGAGGCGGCGGCGGCAGCGGCGGAGGAGAAGGAGCGGCGACGGCGCCCUGACAGCAGCAGCAGCCCCGAGUCGUCUUCCGGCCACACUGAGGACAAGGCCAGCGGCUCCAGUGGCCAACGCACCAGAAAAAAGCGCUGCCCCUAUACCAAGUACCAGAUCCGGGAGCUGGAGCGGGAAUUCUUCUUCAGUGUGUACAUCAACAAAGAGAAGCGCCUGCAGCUGUCUCGCAUGCUCAACCUCACUGACCGUCAAGUCAAAAUCUGGUUUCAGAACAGGAGAAUGAAGGAAAAAAAAAUUAACAGAGACCGUUUACAGUACUACUCGGCCAACCCGCUCCUCUAAGGCUCCAGCCUGCUGGAAUUGGGUGGGGGGUUUCAUACACGUGAGAUUAUAUGCAGAUUUUGCCCUUGACAAGGUCAAGGCACGUGGUGACUUUCGAAGAAAAGAGAUGUGCAAAAGAGAGGAGGCUACACGGAGACAGCCUCUAAGGAGGUGGCCCGGGACUCUCUUGGGCAUCUGUGGUUAAGAUUCCUAACAAAAAUUGGAUUUGGAGAGUUGUGCAUCAACUAGAAUAAAUGGUUUGGGACCCCUGGUGGUUCAUUCUUAGAGACUGUGGAGCUUUGGGCUGGGUGUGGUCUCCAUCAGGACUGGGCCCCCUGCCAAGCGCCCUGGAGAACGACCUGGGCCCAGGACCCUCCACAUGGAGCCUGCCCGCCCCCAGGACCCCUGCGUCAAGAAGCUAUUCUGUCUUUAAACACAGUUCAGCUUGGGGACAGGAACAGGAGGAAGGGGGGAGGAUUCCUAGAUGUUCCGAGUGGGGCUGCUUUCCAAAGCCAAUGUGAAAGACGGCGGCUGGACUAAAAGGUGACUGUGAGGUGGGAGAGGGCUGCUUAUCCUGGAGGGGGAAAAAAAUCUAUUCCAGGUGGCAUUAGCAGCUCUCCACCCCUCCUAGCCACUCAAUGCACUGUCUGAGGCCUGGGCUUCUAGCAGUUGUCUCCUGCAGCCCACCUAGUUUUUCCUACCGGUGAGGGUUUUCUUCCUGGCCUGCCACUCAGGCCUAAAGCCUGGUCACAGAGCAGACCUUUCCCGAGGUGGAAAACAUCAAAAAGCUAAGAGGCCGCAUCCAGGCCGCUGGCCCCAAGAUCUCUGCAGGAAAUGCCUGUGGAGUGCGGCAGCCUGGCAAAGUUUCCACCACACUUCAUUGAGGCUUGGAUUUGCUCAGCGACACAGUGGGCCGGGCCAGCGGUCCCCAGCUAUGAGGGGCUUGAGUCCCCAAAAUACCCAGUUCUGGCACCGCACUCUGCCCUUCGCCGCCCCAGAACUGAGCUUGGAAGCUUCCGGCGACCUUCCAGGAG